AUGUUGGCUAAUUUUCGGUCGUACCUGAUUGAAGGCAGGCAGGAAGACACAGAAGAGUUCCUCGGAUUCCUACUGAACGGCCUCAACGACGAGAUGUUCGAAUUGAUGACACCAGUUUUGGAUUCGGAGAAUAUUUGCAGUGUUGCAGUCAAUAAGACGCAUUCGAAAAGAGGUCAAUACGUGCUAUUUUUGGCGGCCACUUGA